CGGCGCGGAGCGGCGCGCGGCGGCUCGGGGCGGGCGGAGGGAGGCUCCGGGGGCGGGGGCCGGACUGGGAUGGCGGCGGCGGGGCCCGGGGCCGCGGCCUGGGCGGCCCAGGAGAAGCAGUUCCCGCCGGCGCUGCUGAGCUUCUUCAUCUACAACCCGCGCUUCGGGCCGCGCGAGGGGGAGGAGGAAAAUAAGAUUUUGUUUUAUCAUCCAAAUGAAGUAGAAAAGAACGAAAAGAUUAGGAACGUUGGAUUGUGCGAGGCAAUUGUGCAGUUCACCAGAACUUUCAGUCCGUCGAAGCCUGCAAAGUCUUUACACACACAGAAGAAUAGACAGUUCUUCAACGAGCCGGAAGAAAACUUCUGGAUGGUCAUGGUUGUUCGGAAUCCUAUAAUUGAAAAGCAAAGCAAAGAUGGGAAACCGAUUGUUGAAUACCAAGAAGAGGAAUUGUUGGACAAGGUUUACAGCUCGGUGCUGCAGCAGUGCUACAGCAUGUACAAGCUUUUUAAUGGUACGUUUCUGAAAGCUAUGGACGAUGGCGGCGUCAAGCUCCUGAAAGAAAGAUUAGAGAAAUUCUUCCAUCGGUACCUGCAGACUCUGCAUCUGCAGUCGUGCGACCUGCUUGACAUUUUCGGUGGAAUCAGCUUCUUCCCCCUGGAUAAAAUGACUUACCUGAAAGUCCAGUCGUUCGUUAAUAGGGCGGAGGAAAGCCUGCGCAUAGUCAAAUACACUGCCUUUCUCUACAAUGAUCAGCUCAUCUGGAGCGGCCUAGAGCAAGACGACAUGAGAAUUUUGUACAAAUACCUCACCACCUCCCUGUUUCCGAGGCAUAUGGAGCCUGAGUUGGCGGGCCGCGACUCGCCCAUCAGAGCAGAGAUGCCUGGGAACCUUCAGCACUACGGGAGAUUCCUUACUGGACCCUUGAACCUGAAUGAUCCAGAAGCAAAGUGCAGAUUCCCUAAAAUUUUUGUAAAUACAGACGACACUUAUGAAGCUCUCCAUCUAAUCGUUUAUAAGGCCAUGAGUGCAGCCGUGUGCUUCAUGAUCGAUGCCUCUGUCCAGCCCACACUGGAUUUCUGCCGGAGACUGGACAGCAUCGUGGGGCCACAGCUGACUGUGCUGGCGUCGGACAUCUGCGAGCAGUUCAACAUCAACAAAAGAAUAUCAGGGUCUGAGAAGGAGCCACAGUUCAAGUUCAUCUACUUCAACCACAUGAACCUGGCCGAAAAGAGCACGAUCCACAUGAGGAAGACGCCCAGCGUGUGCCUCACCUCUGUUCACCCCGACCUCAUGAAGAUUCUGGGCGACAUCAACAGUGACUUCACAAGGGUGGAUGAAGAUGAGGAAAUCAUCGUGAAGGCAAUGAGUGAUUAUUGGGUUGUUGGGAAAAAGUCCGAUCAGCGGGAGCUCUAUGUUAUUUUGAAUCAAAAAAAUGCAAACCUGAUUGAAGUAAAUGAGGAGGUCAAGAAGCUGUGCGCCACGCAGUUCAAUAACAUCUUCUUCCUGGACUGACCACACACCCACUUAGCGAGCGCGUGGGCAGCCGUGACAAGAGUACAGCAAUACUUGCUCUGAAGAAUCAAAUUUCUACUCAGUCUGAUGAGCCCAAGGUUUUUAGAUUUUGAAUAUUUAUGUGGGUAAAGGUAGUUGGCUACAUCUCUUUCCAUUCCAUUCUUUUGACAUUAUGUGAAUAUUUUACUGGAAAAUAAGAGUAAUAAAUUGUUAAAGUUUUUAAAAUGCG